AUGGAGCGCGUGAGUUUGUAUUUUUCUUGUUGUUUGUACUUUCUUGGACUGCUGCACGCUGCCAAAGCUCACGCUCAGGGUCCCGGGGGUCACCGAGCAUAUAGAGAUGUCGCGUCCACGGAGCAGCUGCUCGGCGCGGUCAGGCCGUGGACUGGAGCAGGCAGCGAGUUUAUAAGGAAUCCUCCAAUUAUGCCCACCUAUCAUAUUUUCCCAAUGUUCCAGGAUUAUCCGGUUCCUCUCGUUGACAUGGAACUGUUCAGACCUGUGUCCGAGAAAAGACACUUUCCGCGGCUGUUGACUAGUAUUUUAACACCCCCAGUGAGCCCUCCGCGCGUCCAGGUGUCUCCCGUGCGCAACGCCCGGGGUGUGGAGGUCUGGUGCGGCUACAGUAAAGUCUCUGUGCGCCUGAACAAGAAUCUGCUGGGCUUCAGGAGUUCACCGUCUGCCUUUCAACUGGGAACCUGUCCUGUCUCUCGUUUCGACGAGUACUUCUUUUAUUUCCAUUAUGACCUCAAUGACUGUGAUAGCUCUUUAAUGAUGGUGAACGGCCAGAUCGUGUACUCCAACACUGUGUAUUACACACCAGAGCCUCAAGGAACAGUCAUCCGUGCUGUGCCUCUUACAUUAAACAUCCAGUGCCUUUACAAUCGGUUUCAUUAUUCCUACAAAAUGGGCUUCCUGCCUGUGGUGAGGGAACACGUGUUUCACAAGACUUUUGAACGCAAGACAAAGUUCAGUAUUUUUGUGUGUAAUGAGCGCUGGGAAAGGCUUGAGGAAAAUGGGAGUUUUGUGCUCGGGGAGCCCAUGUAUUUUGAAGUCUGUGCUCCACAUACGUCCAAGAAUGAAAGGAUUUUUGUUGACUCCUGCUACGCGACAGCAUCCAAAGACCCAAAGUCGACUCCACAACACAGUGUGAUUUCUAAUUAUGGGUGUAUGGAGGACAGCAGAAGACAAGACAGUCUCUCCCGGUUCCACCAAAGACAAUCGCACAUUAUAAGAUUUUCAGUUGAUGCGUUUUUACUGCCCCAAGUCACUGACACGAACUUUUACCUGCAUUGCCGAGUAUCAGUUCACAAUUUAGUUAGUGCCACAGCAAAGUCCUGUACCUACAACAAUGCAGAGUGGAGGUGGGAGGAACUUUACAGCGACGCAUCUGUCUGCGAUUGCUGUGAUUCCACAUGUGAAAUUAAAGCAGACUCUUAUUUUCCCAGUAUACCACAAUCUCUGAUAUCAAGCAAACCCUGGAUUUUGGACCAUAGUCAACAAAACUCAUUAAACAUUAAAGGCGGCUGGAUCAGUGUUAAAGGGGACACCGAGAAGAAGUUCAAGAGCGCUAAAGGAAUAGAUGAAGAGAAAGAUGAUGAUUACACUUUGGAGAUUGUGAGUGAUAUUGAAGAACAAACAGAAGUAACAAAGGAAAACAAGAAGAUGAGUGUGAUGCAUUUGGAUGAGGAUGUUGAGGUUAUUGUUGGGAGUAAGGAAAUUACUGCUACAGAGUCUAUUCAUUCCGGACAUGUAAAGUCUGAUUGGAAAGAGAUGGGUAGAGUUUCAAAGAUUGGGAAAGAUGCUGGAAGACCCAGGAGCAGAAGUGGAGCUGGUGUGAUAGGAGAGCUUUUGGAAGAUGUUAAAGUGUCCAGCAAAAGUGGAAUAAAUAAAAUGGUUAACAUUACCCAAGAUGAUCUGUCCAAAGAUGAGAUGGACCUUGAAAACUUGCAGGUACAGAGUACGGUACAGUCACAAAUGGUGGUGGAUGAAGAGCUAUUUUUAAAUGCCAAACAAGAACCAGCGGAGUGGAAUAAAAAUGGACAUUAACAAACCCAAUGUGUAGAAAAUGGACGACUGACAACUGAGAUCAUUCUACGGUGUGUGAGGAUCAUUUAUGGUGUUGGAUCUGUGUGGCAAAUGAUCUCAGCAACGUUCUUAAAGUGCGUGUUGUAGUUCUGGAUUAAAUGAAUUCAGAGCUGUGUGAUGUAACCCAUGCAUAUGUAAUCCUUCAAUGCACAGUACUUGCAUCUAGUCUUAUCUGAAUAUUAAAACAUAUCUGAUUUAAUUUU